CUAGUAAAAAUUAGUUCUCUUAAUUACUCCUCAGUUAAUUUAGUGGUUUCCACGGUUAAUCAUUCCCUUGGGACUGAUUAAGCGAUUCCAACCUCAACAACCUCAUCUCCUCAUUGAACUUCUUUAUAAAUGCCUCAACUCGUCGAUUCUAUUCGUCCUGACUCAGCAACGGUUCCUUUCUCAGCUUCAAUACUGAAGCCGGGGACGAGCUCACUUGCAGCGGUGACAUCUGGAAAUUGGUCUGGUCCUUGGACGUUUCCGAUUUCUUCACCACCGGCGACGGCUCAGCGAGCGAAUCCACGUUCACCUAAUUCUCCCAUGUGUCCUCGAACGUCUCUGAUUUCUUCAGGUGCCUCGAUAACGGAAUGCGCACUUAAAGCUCUUCCUGGUAGCUACAAGCUAUGGAAUGCGUAUCUGCGAGAACGCCUUGAAAUUGUUAGAAAUCUACCCGUUACUCACCCCAAGUAUGACACCCUCAACAAUACGUUUGAAAGAGCUCUUGUUACAAUGCACAAGAUGCCCAGGAUAUGGAUAAUGUACUUGCAAACCCUGACAGAACAGAAGUUGAUUACUAGAACGCGUAGGAGUUUUGACAGGGCUCUCUGUGCAUUGUCAGUGACUCAGCAGGACAGGAUUUGGGAGCCUUAUUUGAGUGUGAUUGCUCACAAGAUGGAGAGCUUGGAUUUAAGUGAUGAGGAAGAAGAAGACAUACAAGAAGACACGAUUGAGGAGGAUGAAGAUAUUCGUUUGGAUGUUGGUCUGUGCAAGUCAAAACACAAGUUUGAGAGGAAAAUAUUUAAGGGGUUUUGGUUGCAUGAUGACAAGGAUAUAGAUCUGAGGUUGGCUCGGUUGGAGAAUUUAAUGAACAGAAGGCCGGAACUUGCCAAUAGUGUCCUCUUACGUCAAAAUCCACAUAAUGUGGAGCAAUGGCACAGGAGGGUAAAGAUUUUUGAGGGUAGCCCAACCAAACAGAUUUUGACUUACACAGAAGCAGUGAGGACGGUUGAUCCCAUGAAAGCAGUUGGGAAGCCUCAUACCUUGUGGGUUGCCUUUGCUAAAUUGUAUGAGAACCACAAAGAUAUAGCUAAUGCUCGAGUGAUUUUUGACAAGGCAGUGCAAGUAAACUACAAGACUGUGGAUCAUCUGGCUAGUGUCUGGUGUGAGUGGGCAGAAAUGGAGUUGAGGCACAAGAAUUUCAAAGGGGCACUGGAGUUGAUGAGGCGGGCGACAGCUGAACCAUCAGUUGAGGUGAAACGAAGAGAGCUAGAAAAGAGCUUGGGAGAAAUUGACCGAGCUAGGGGAAUAUAUGUGUUUGCAUCUCAAUUUGCAGAUCCACGCACUGAUGGUGAUUUUUGGAAUAAGUGGCAUGAGUUUGAGGUUCAGCAUGGAAAUGAAGAUACCUUCAGAGAAAUGCUGCGAAUCAAAAGAAGUGUUUCUGCAAGUUAUAGCCAGACACACUUCAUUCUGCCAGAGUACAUGAUGCAGAAGGAUCAGUCAUUGACCCUUGAUGAUGCAAAGGAUAAAUUGAAGCAGGCGGGUGUCCCGGAAGAUGAGAUGGCUGCUCUUGAGAGGCAAUUGGCCCCUGCGUCCAAAAAUGUCAAUUCUAAAGACAGCAGCAGAAAAGUGGGGUUUGUGAGUGCUGGGGUGGAGUCCCAGACUGAUGGAGGGAUGAAACCAGUUGCCAGCGAAGACAUUGAUCUGCCAGAAGAAAGUGAUUCUGAAGAUGAAGAAAGAGUUGAAAUUGCACAGAAAGAUGUUCCUACUGCUGUAUUUGGAGGUCUUGUCAGGAAGAGAGACGAUGGUGACAGAGAUGCGGAUGAUGAUAUUGUACCAGCCAAAGAUAGGGAAAGUGAGAGUCGUCUAGGAGCCCUUGAGAGAAUAAAGAGGCAGAAAAAAACUUGAUUUUAGUUACCUUGUCUAAUUUUGAUUGCUGAUAUCUUUUGUUCAUUUACGACGCAUGUACCCUUUAAGCAUUUCUGACAUGCAUUAAGCUAGUGCCUGCCUGAAUAUAACGAGAUUAUGAGU